AAGAGGAGCACGCUUGCUCUUUCUCUCUCUUCAUCAUCCCACGCCUUACUUCCGUGCUGGUGUCAUCCGCUCUGGCGCGCCCAACCUAAAAACCCAAGCGCGACUCUGUCCUUCAAUUUAGCAUUCCCCCCUCUCUUACAAACCCUUAAAAAGUUUUUUAGGCGGGGGAUCGGGGCUCUCUCUCUCUCUCUCCGCUUCAUUCCUUCAAAUCUCUGCGCUCUUCGGAGGCUAUAAUUUGGUAAACCACAAUAUGGCAACAUCAGCUGAAACUUUCCCUGAAGAAGAGACGAUUGUACCACCUGGAAACACUGACACAAACGAUAACACAAACACAAACACCAACACAAAUACCAAUACUACCAAGAAAAGGGGACGCGAUGAUGAGGCUGGAGCUGGAGGAGGAGGACCAGGAGGUGGUGACAAAAGGUGGCCUGGAUGGCCAGGAGAGAGUGUUUUUCGAUUGUUGGUUCCUGCUCAAAAGGUUGGAGGUAUCAUUGGUAGGAAAGGGGAGUUUAUUAAACGCAUGUGCGAGGAGACAAGAGCACGAAUCAAGAUUCUUGAGAAUGUUCCUGGUGCACCAGAGAGAGCGGUUAUGAUCUCUGCCAAGGAAGAGCAAGAUUCUGCCAUGCCACCUGCCAUGGAUGCCCUCCUUAGGGUUCACAAGCGUGUGAUUGAUGGUGAUCAGGAGUAUGGUCAUGCUCCACAACGUGGUGGCCCUCCGAUUUCAAGCCGACUUUUAGUGGCAGCAACACAAGCUGGAAGCCUCAUUGGGAGGCAGGGUACAACUAUAAAAUCUAUUCAAGAAGGCUCUAAUUGUACUGUUCGAGUGCUUGGGGCAGAAGACCUUCCAAUGUGUGCUUUAGCUGAUGACAGAGUUGUUGAGAUACAAGGGGAUUCUGCAGGUGUGCAUAAAGCAAUAGAGUUGAUUGCAACUCACUUGAGGAAGUUCUUAGUCGAUCGUAGUGUUCUUCCACUUUUUGAAAUGAAUAUUGGAAUGUCUAAUAAUCAGAUGGAACAACACAUGCCCCACAUGGCUGGUGGGUAUCCUCAGAGUAAUUCAGUGCCCAAUGCUGGGGGUUCUGGGUUUUCGGCUAAUCCUCAGUACAUGCCCCCACCAAGACAGCAUGAUAAUUACUACCCACCAUCUGAUCUUCCUCCUAUGGACAAGCAGCGUCACCCAGGCUUAUCUGUAUAUGGAAGGGAUACAUCCGUACCGAAUGCCCAAGCACCAGCAAUUAUCACACAGGUCACCCAGCACAUGCAAAUCCCACUGUCAUAUGCUGAUGCAGUGAUUGGGACAGCUGGUGCAAGUAUUAGCUAUAUUCGUCGAGCUAGUGGUGCAACCAUCACUAUACAAGAAACGAGGGGCGUGCCUGGAGAAAUGACUGUUGAAAUACAUGGAUCUGCAACCCAAGUCCAAACUGCUCAGCAAUUGAUACAGAAUUUCAUGGCGGAGGCUGCAGCAGCACCUGCAAACAUUCAUGGUUCAGAUCAGGGUUAUGCUGCUAUGAGCCAACCAUGGUUCCCGAAUACUACUCCUAAUUCUGGGCCUACAAACCCUCAUGCCCCUACAGACCAGAGUUAUCCAGCUCUUAAUCCUGUGUUUCCUAAUGCUUCUUCUAAUGCUGGAGCAAGUGGGGUUCAUCCUACGAGUGGAGGUUAUGGAUCGGUUUACAGUGGCAAUUAUGGCUAUUAGGGCUUAGCACUUCUUUCGAGGCAAAGGUUAUUGACUAAACAUUAGGUUUAUGUGAGCCCAUCUUCCUAGGAACCAAAGAUUUUUGCUAUGCAACUUUUCAGGGUAUCAGAAUUUGAUUUUCUGAUAAUGUGUGCACACUCAUUCAAAAAAGAGUUUGCUGUAUGCCCCAUUUCAGUUGAGAUAUUUGGUGCCUGCUGUACAUUAGAGGAACAUGGGUUUUGGUUGCUGAGAGGGUUUCUAGUUACUUGGUCACUUGUAGUUAAUAUCUGGUUUGAAUUGCCCUGUUCCCUUGCAUUUUCUCACGUGCUGGCUUCAGUUGUUCCAUUAGUUUUUCAAGCAAAGUUGGUUUGUUCAAAUGGAAUUGCUGUAAGCUCAACAUGCGGUAUUUAGUUUUUCCUUUUUCUAGAAAUGUUGUGGAUUUUUUAUUUUAAAGAACUUUCAUGGAAUU